ACCUCCGCCCCGUCCCCUACGAGAGCGUCCCCCCUUCCCUCACGGCGCUGGAGCUGAGUCGCUGUGAAAUCCCUGCCGCCUGGGUCAGCAGCUCUGCUGAAAAAACCCUGCCCCAGCUGCAGCACCUUGUUGUCCGCAACGUCCCUGCGUUUUCCGAUCACCAUCUGCUGAACGUCUCCUCUCAGAGCCGCCUGAAGACGCUGAGCCUUUCCGGCACCUACCGCGUAACAGAUACAGGGAUUCAGAGAGCGGCUCCGCACCUGGAGGAGCUGGAGCGCCUGGUGCUGUGCCACUGCGUCAUCAGCGACUCCGCUGUGGACUUCGUUGGGCGCCACAUGAAACAUCUCCGAUUCCUGGAGAUCAGCAACGCUCGCUUCCUGACGAACACGGGUCUGGCUUGUUUAGCAACCCUGCAGCGCCUGGAGUCGCUGUGCCUUGAUCUCUGCGAUAAGAUUUCCCCUGGUGCCGUUAUUACUUUGUGCCAAGCGCUGCCCCAGCUGAGGAACCUCAAAUUAGGCGGGGCUCGCUUGGAAGACAAAGCAAUCGAUAAAAUUCAGGCGAGUUUGCCCCACUGUAGUUUUUCUUGUACUCCUUGA